CGCAACGUUGCGAGCUCUACACCAACAUGCUGGCGCCAUCGAACCUAUGCAUUUCCUCUGUGACCUGCUCAAUGGCGUAUCAGAGUUUAAAGUCAGCCCAGCCCUGUCCCCACAUAGCGCGUUUUCCGUGGAACAGCUUCUUGCCUGCCUCUCAUCUUUGGCGCCGCGCACCAACACCGGCCCUACUGUCCUCGCCAGCGCCCUCGUGCUUCAGGCUUUAGUCUCCUAUCAACCAGAAGACCUUGACCUACGAAGCCAGACAGGAGUAAAGCUGGUAGAAGUCUUAGGAGUCUGGUUUGGACUGCUCGUCGCUAGCUUAAACCAUUCUAUGCUGGCUGGAGAUACGGAGAUGUGUGGAAUGAUCUUCGCCGUGACGUGUAAACUAGGAGUGGAUGUUAUGAGGCUAGCGAAACUCCUCAACAGCGGAAACCGAAACCCCAGCUUCGUGCAAUCAAUCCUCGCUGACGAGCAAGAAAUCACGGCAUUAAAGCAAUGUGCGAUCGCGCUCCGGGAUUCCAUACACAGGGUUCUGCUGGAAAUGAUCGGAUUUACUAAGGAAAAUCUAGAGCAGAUAUCUACUGAAGAAUAUGGAGUGUUCCUGAAGUUUAUGCUGAACUUCUUAUACGAAGCGACCUCUGAACAGCAACCGGAGUUCUGUGACGUUUUGUUCUCGAAAGGAUAUCUGACUAUGCUGCCCCAGUGCCAAAUCUCCAGAAACGAUAUGACGGUCCGCAAUGUGAGCACCCUAAUACUUGGAGAAAUGCUGAAAGGAUUAGCUCAGAAAUAUCUAGACACCGACUCAAGAUCGGACCACAAUACUUGUUCCAGAGAUAUACACAUGGGUCUAGUAGAACUCCAGAACGGAAUAGAACAGCCACAUAGCAUCGGAGACCAGUUGCAGAAGAACCGACCAUACAGCCUGCUAGUCUACAUUUACUUCUACUGCCAAUCUUCUGACAACCCUGAAGAAGCCACGGCGCCGCUGCUACCAUACUUGGUGGAGCACAUUCUCCGCUUGCCAAGGAACUUUACGCCGCCACCGUACAUAAUAAAGGCUCUUUGGCUAGUUUUUGCACUGUCCCAAUGGUUCAAAACCGAAGACUCCUUACCAUCAGAACUGACCACCGACCCCGCCGUAUGGGAGCUCCUGCUCACCAUCCUCACGUCCAGCAAGGACGCUCAAGUCCUGCAGAACUGCAACAAAACCAUCUACAGUUGUCUGGAAGAAAUAGAUGAGGAUGGGAAAGAGGACUUCGGGCUGAUGGUUUGGCCGGUGUUGCCUGAGGUGCUGUCUAGAGCGUUGAUUGACUUCGAUAGUAUGAUAGAGACUAACAUCUGCUACCUUCUAGAACUAUCAUCUACGCUAGUACCCUCUGUUCUUGACGACGCCCUCUGUCUGAAGUUAGCUGUCCUCACAACCGCCAUAUUCACUAAGGACCAGGACGAGGCGCGGUACGACUACAAAUUCGCGUGUCUCAGGCUGAGCUUCUAUUUGUUAAGCUUAGCUAAUAAGCAGAAUGAUAAUAGAGUGCUAGUGACAUACAUGAGCCGAGCCGGUUUCCUUCCCCGUGUCCUCGCCGUAACCAACAGCAUGGACACCAGAGUGGCCUGUGUUGCCCUACAACUGCUGUCCUACAUCGUGCAUUACUUCACCAAGUACAAUUAUCAACCAAGGUCCCUCCUCCAAAUCCAAUCACACCAAAUAAUCCAGUCUCUCCGGAACGACAGUAGUUCAGAGCGCGGGGCGUCUCUGAUUCAGCUGGUGUACAUGAUUCUCAACUCUGGACCGAACACGCCUUUAGUUCUCUCUUGUGAUAUGGAAACUUCUGUGGAACAACAGUAUAAUGCACUGCGGGCUCUGUUGUUGCGGAUUCAGAUGCUGUGUUGCAAGGAAUCUAAAAACCAACCAUCCGGCGGUUGGAAAACCCUCGGCGCUAUAUUCCGUCACGCGAUUAUCAACAAAAGCGACUCCAAGCUCGUCGCCACACUGACAUCGCAACCGUGGACGCACACCCUCAUACACUUCCAAAUAACACAAGAUAUUACUGAAGAAUUCCUAACGUUCACACAAACAUGGCUCAGUCUCAUGAAGAUCACGUUGAAGAACUCGAGAGAAAAGCAGAAAAGUAAAAUGUGUAAGCAGAGCUUGGUUUGUAAGACGCUGUUGUUGAUAAAGAAGUAUUUGGUGGUUGGAGAAGAUGAUGGGGUUGAGGUUAAGCAGAAGAUCUUGGGGACUGUGAAAGAGAUUUUAGAUGAUUCGGAUUUAAACGUAUAACGAUACAUGUUACUUACCUCGUUUCUAUUAUUUUUGUUAGCGCAUAACAUUGUUGUGAGUAGAUAAUAAAGAGUGCUAUACAAAUAAAUAUACACAUUGUAACAUCGCGAACAAAUAAAUAUUAUGUUGUUGUGAUUUUACAUAUUACGACAGUUCCACACUGAAAUGUGUACCCAUUGCCAAAAAGGUCAUGUCAAAACCUAUUUAUAUAAAAGUCGAAUCUAGCCUGUGUCGGGUGGACUUAUUUCAAAUAUUCGUAGAUAAUUGGAAUAGGUGGAGAUGAUAUACCUAAUUAAAUUAAAUUAUCUUUUUAUUUUCUUCUGAUUUGACUAACUGAGCAUAAGUAAAUAAGUUUGAUUUAUUACCUCACCCGUUAGAGCGAUUUUCCGACGUCGAUUGAGUAACUUAAAGUAAUGUCAACGAAAUUAUACUUUCUACUUUUACGUGGCUCAGGUGCAGUCAUUAUAUACUUACCCUGUCAGUGUCUGAUACGAACCGAUAUUGUUAUUUAACAGUAUAAUUUGUAAGAAUCAAUUAUCACAGUUAUUCAAUGGAUCAUAAGUUUGAAUUACUGUUAAGGUGUAAAAUUACCUAUUAUAGAUAGUAGUUAAUAAAGCUGUCCUG